AUGGGUCAGUGCCCCUCUAUCCGGCAGCCGGAGGCAGAGUAUGUUCGCCUGCUGGCGGCGGCACCCGGCGGCAAAAACAGGAACGAGCAGUUCAGCAAACCUACAAAGGCCAUGAACAAAUACCAAAAAAGAUCAAGCAAGGACGAUCUAGUUAUGAGGGCGACGCUCGAAUCAAUCACGAGAAUUGGAUAA